AUUACAAUCUUUUAUUUAUUAUUAUUAAAUUAUUAAAUUAUUUUUUGACAUUUAUUACACAACCUCAAUCCUCAACCUGUCACCUGUCAUCCUACUGAAAAACAUUUAACAAAAGCCCCUCCUCUGAAACUUGAUCUUUGACCAACACCACUGUCAACGUCAUCGUUGUUCUGUCAAUCGCCGGCCCUGAAUUAAUUCAAUUUCGAGCAAAAGCAAGUCAUUUCGUGAUAAACUCUCUACAAUCCUAACAUAACUUAGCUCCUGGGUGUUUUUCAUUCACUUUAAAAGUUACAAGUGUGUGUGUCAUAAAGAAAAUGGGUAAAAUAAAAGCUGGACCUGUUGUCGACAUCCUUGGGGAUGAAAUGACCCGAAUUAUAUGGGACUCCAUCAAAGAGAAAUUGAUUCUGCCCUUUUUGGACGUCGAACUGCACACUUACGACCUAGGGAUUGAAAACCGGGAUAAAACCAGUGACCAGGUCACCGUCGAUUGUGCCGAAGCUAUCAAAAAGUACAAUGUUGGAAUUAAAUGUGCCACUAUUACGCCCGAUGAGAAGAGGGUUGAGGAGUUCAACUUGAAACAAAUGUGGAAGAGCCCAAACGGCACCAUUAGAAACAUUUUGGGGGGCACUGUGUUCCGCGAGGCCAUAAUUUGCAAAAACAUCCCCCGAUUGGUGUCGGGCUGGAACAAGCCAAUCAUAAUCGGUCGUCACGCCCACGCUGACCAAUACAAAGCCACCGAUUUCGUGGUUCCCGGACCCGGGAAACUCGAAUUGGUGUUUACGCCAAUCUCGGGGCAACCCAUCAAACACAUCGUCAACGAAUAUAAGGGGGCUGGUGUAGCCCUUGGAAUGUUCAACACCGACGAAUCCAUUAAAGAUUUCGCUCAUUCGUCCUUCAAAUUUGCCCUCAAUCAAGGAUAUCCUCUUUACUUGAGCACCAAAAACACCAUUUUGAAGAAAUACGAUGGACGCUUCAAAGACAUCUUCCAGGAUAUCUACGAUCGCGAGUACAAGAAGCAAUUCGAAGCGAAGGGCAUCUGGUACGAGCAUCGUUUGAUUGACGACAUGGUCGCGUAUGCCAUGAAAUCGGAAGGGGGCUUUGUGUGGGCUUGCAAGAAUUAUGAUGGGGACGUUCAGUCGGAUUCAGUCGCUCAAGGUUAUGGGUCUUUGGGGCUCAUGACUUCGGUUCUGAUUUGUCCAGAUGGUAAAACAGUGGAAUCAGAGGCGGCUCAUGGUACUGUCACGCGCCAUUAUCGAAUGUACCAGAAGGGACAAGAAACGUCAACUAAUCCCAUUGCGUCCAUUUUCGCUUGGACUAGAGGGCUGUUGCACAGAGCCAAGCUUGAUAAUAACAAAGAAUUGGAGAAGUUUGCCAACACUUUGGAAAAAGUUUGCAUUGAUACGAUCGAAUCUGGCUUCAUGACCAAAGAUUUGGCCAUUUGUAUUAAAGGCAUGAACGGAGUCAAAAGAUCCGAUUAUUUGGAGACGUUCGAAUUUAUGCAAAAAUUGGCCGAUAAUUUGAAGAAGGCCAUGGGGUGUUGACUCACCGCAAGACUGUAAUCACCGUACUUUUUUAUAUUGUUAUUGCAACUGCUUUCUGGUGCAGGGUGUGUAUUAUCUAUGUUUUAUUUUAAUAAAGAACUAAAGUAAAAA